AUGCGCAUACCGGGCCUACGUCCGACACGGGACGGCGAUGACGACAAAAAACGCCCCACUAAAGACCGAAAUGGUUCGCACAGAAUGAUUUCUUUAGGACCCCUCGCCCUGCGCGUCCCGCCCGGAGUGAAGCUCCCGGGACCGCUGGAGCGUUUCAUGGACGACGACGCGCGACGGAGAAACAACGGUAAGAGUUCAGAUUCGUUUGAUGCGUUACGGCGCGCGCGCAUGGGCGUGGGGUCGAUCGGGAAGAAGAUCAAGGGCGUCGGGAAUAUCCAGCAGACGUUGAUGACGAACAUGGCGGUCAAGGUGGUCGCCGGCGCGGCGGGGACGUUGAGCGGGUUGUUCUUGGCGAUGUUGGCGUAUAAAGUGGUUGGGGGGUAUCAGGAUGAGAUGAAGGAGGCGCGAAGGGAGGUGCAACGGCAGCAUCAGGAGAGAAAGGCGAGGUUGGCUCAGGUGCGGCGGUUGCUAAGUGGGCCACUGCGAUCGGCGGCGAAGGAUUUGAGGAAUAGGUUGGAGUUCAUCUUACGAACGCCGCCGAGGCGGAAGCCUGGGGAGCCGCCGAAGAUUCGGGCAAAUUACUUCUCGGCGCACUAUCCGGAUAACCCGAACGAGGCGGUGAACUCGACGCUGUUUCGAUUGUGUCGGUACCUGCAUUGGGUGGAACAGUUCCAGCGUGGCGUUCAGUUGGAGGGCGUGAGCGAACAGGAUACGUGGCAAUACGCUUUAGAUCAGCAGCUCGAUCGCGUGGCGUAUGAGUUUGAGGUCGGAGACGAUAGGUACGACGCGACAGAGCCAACGGAGCGUUUGAUGGAGGUGUUUGCGUGCGCUCAUGUGCGAGAGCUGGAGCAGGGCGAGGCGGAAGAAGACGAGCGACGUGAGUCCAUCUUCUGUCAGAUUGACAAGUCAUUGACGGAUGCGGUGAACGCGGCUUUCAAAAAGAACGACGAGGCUCAAACAGAGGUGAAGCGUCGGGUUGGAUUGAAGAGCGCCGAGCCCAUGGAGCGGCUCAGUCGAUUCCCCAUGCGUCUGUUCCGUGAUACACAAGUCGCCCUUGCGGAAGUGUUUGGCGAAUUGAACACGCACGCAGUUAAGACUGGAAACGACUCUAGUGUCGGCGAGACUAAAGUUAAUCCGCAUAUGUUGUAUACAGAAUUCGUGAUGAAGCUCGAGGAGGCGCAACUUCUGUACGAGCGCACGGUUGAGGAUCAACUCGAGAAAGGAAACACCGCCAACGUGGGCGACGUCUUGGCCGCGCAGCAAGAGAACCUGCAAGCCGAUCCGUGGUUCCGAUGGAUGCUUCCCCUGCAACUCCAAAUUCGGCGAUUAGCAAUGCUGCAGUCGCAAACGAGCAAGCUUCUAACGAGGAAAGAGGCUCGAGAAUUGAUAGCAGCUCGAGCGCGUCUUCGCGGCGUUCUCAACGGACUCAACGGUCUGCUUUCUGUCCUCGAUAAACGCCUUGAUGAUCCGUUGUUCAACAAACCGAAGCAUAAUGUCAAGGCGUUCCAUUUUAUGGGCUCGAGCGAGAUGAAGAAAGAAAAGAUGAGGGGACUGCGAAAGCAAAAAUCUUUGGGGCGUUGGGCAAAGCUGCGACAAGCCAUCCCGUACGUGGCAAAAUACAAGAGACUUCCGCCUCCGCCGACCAAGCAGCGAUACAUCCGUCUAUUGAGCACGGACGAAUUGAAGGCAUUUGUGCGCAGGUACAAGAGAAAGGCCGUGGCGGGUGUCGUAUCGGCGAUAGGAGCGAGCAUGUUCACAUCGUUACUUCUGGGCCUCGUGGGUGGCACUGUGCGCAAGAAGAAACGCGAGCCAAAGCGCCGCGUUGAGAUGCCUCAGAGUUUCAUUUCGGGACCGAAUGAAGAGACGUCUAAAGUUGAAAAGGCUUCUGAGGGUCAGGCCCAAGGCGGAGACCGUGCGCGGACUAACGUGGUCGCGCCGGAGGAAAAUAAGUCACCGCGGAGUACGACGGAACAAAAGAAGAAGGAUGCGCACUUGUAA